AGAAGAUCACAGGGCUCGGAUUUAUUUUUGUUUGAAGCCCAACGUACCUCAGCCUCCGUGUAUACGCCUGUCUUGACUGCCGGGUUCCACACUCAGCCACACUGUACAUACACGUUGUCAUCAAACUCGCCCCCCUGCAAAGAUAGGCACGCCAAGCAACCGACGCUGCCAUCCAGUUUGGGGGACGUCAUCUUUCUAUCCGAGGCAACCUCGAGUUCGUUGACCGGCCAGGCCUUGCGCUGUAUUAUAACUGUACCACCAGCCGCCUAAUUCGACUUGGACGACAUUCCAAAGACUCCCAGAUGUCUCAAGCAACAAGAGAACUGAAGAUCUACCGGAAAGAUGCUAAAAGCAACCAUAAUCUGUUAACGCCGGCGGAACGAGAGAAACUUAUAGCCCCAUAUCUUCCGGAACCACCUUCGCGAUCAAAGUCGGGCAAUGGGGACUCAGAUGAACGAACGCUCCGUAACCAGCCGAGACCGAUAAUUGGCGUGCGGAAGUUCCUCAAACAUCAACUGCAUGUCCUCGUGUUUGCGAUUAUACACACUAUUUUCUCUAUAUAUAUACGGUUUCGACAAGCAUAUCAUACUGUCAGGGAUCGAACCUUCGCUGUCCUCUACUACCAUCACCGGACGCCAGCGCUCAUUCAGAAGGAUGUGAAGGGGCUGAAGAGAUUGCCGGAACACUUGAGUGUGAUACUGAAGCUGGAGGAGGGAAAGGGGGGUGCUGCGCUUGAGACUCUGUUAGAUGAAGUGGCUGAGGUUUGCGCGUGGUGCGCAUGCGUUGGAAUCCCCAUGCUCUCAGUCUACGAGAGGACAGGCGUCCUAAAAGGAUACAUUCCAACAACCCACAGGGCCGUCACUCGGAAGCUUUCGUCAUAUUUCGGUCGUCAACACCCUGCACUGUCUAUCCGUGCGCCGCACAUUCCAUCCAUGGAGUCGUCCCCGACUACGCCACCAAGCGAUGCCGAUGUCCCGGUAUCUCUGGGUCAACUCUCAGUACUCUUGAUCUCCGAAGAGGACGGCGAGGACUCCAUUGUCGACUUGACCAAGACUCUUACCGAGAUGUCUCAACGUUCGAAGAUUACACCCAAGGAUAUUACCGUCGACUUGGUGGAUGCCGAGCUCUCCGAGAGUGUCAUGAGCGGACCUGAGCUACUCAUUUUGUUCGGACCAACAAUUGAACUCGACGGCUACCCACCGUGGCAAGUCAGCCUCACCGAGAUCUAUAACGUGCAGGAUAACCAGGGAGUUGGAUACCAAGUGUUUCUCCGCGCCUUGUAUAAUUACGCAAAUGCGCAGAUGCGUUUUGGCAGAUAGAUAAUUCACAUACGGGCAAUAU